UUUAGGUUGGAAGGCAAAGUUGCCCUUAUUACAGGAGGAGCUAGUGGAAUUGGUGAAUAUGCAGCUAAAAUUUUUACACAAAAUGGUGCAAAAGUGAUGAUUGCUGACAUUCAAGAUGAUUUGGGCCACUCUGUUUGCAAAGAUUUAGGCUCAACAGUAGCCUCAUACAUCCACUGCAAUGUCACUAAUGAAGCCCACGUACAAAACGCAGUCGAUUCAACGAUGAUCCUAUACGGAAAACUCGACAUCAUGUUCAAUAAUGCGGGCAUAGGUUGCUUUCCUAAGCCCAAUAUCCUUGACAACACGCUAUCGGAGUUCGAAGAUGUUGUAAAAGUCAAUCUUGUUGGCCCGUUUUUGGGGACCAAACAUGCGGCUCGAGUAAUGAUCCCGGCCAAACAAGGUACCAUAAUUACAACGGCUAGUACUUGCUCCACCAUAGCAGGUGUGGCGCCCCAUGCCUACACUAGCUCGAAGCACGGCGUGGUGGGGCUCACAAGGAAUACCGCUGUUGAACUUGGUGGAUAUGGGAUUAGGGUGAAUUGUGUGUCACCACAUGCGACUUCAACCUCUAUGACUAAGACCUACUUUGAACUAGACGACGAAGGUAUAUCUAAAUUAUACUCUAAUCUCAAAGGUGUUUGGUGUAAAAAGGAGGAUGUUGCGAAUGCAGCUUUAUUUCUUGCGAGUGAUGAAUCAAAGUUCAUUAGUGGACAUAAUCUUAUUGUUGAUGGAGGAUUUACUAUUGUGAAUCCUGCAUUUUGUAUGUUUGAACAACCCAUGUAAGGAUUGUAGGUUGAGAUUACUAGCUGAAGACCUGAAGUAUUCCAAUAAGGUUAUCGAUCUAA